AUGCAAGGUUUAUCUUCUUCAUUAUCAUGGUCACUUCCAUGUUCUUCAAAAUUCAAAGUAGUAAAAGCCGCAUAUGACACACAACAAAGACUCCCUUAUAACCCUAACACUCCUAAAUCGCAACCUCUUCCUCUCACCACACCACCACCACCACCGCCACUUUCUACGCGCAAGGAUCAGUACAUUACCGAUCUUCUCAAACGCGAUACUCCUCUUCCCACCUCCGGUAACUAA